UAUUGAGCGGCUGAACAUCUGGCCGCGCGCGCGAGUGCCGCGACUAGUCACACUCGCCGAGUGGCCGCCCCGUCGUUCGCACCGGUCCGAUCUCGUCGACGUCGACAAUAAAAUGCCUGCCCGAUCGGCGCCCGUCGCCGCCUGAGCGCACAACCGCCGACCCUUCGGCGCCCUUCGAAUUCAUGAGCUGUUUCGGCGCGAGGCGUCGCGGCCUCUGAAAAACAUGCGCGCCCUCGUCGUGGCGCUGCUGGCCUUCGGCGCCGUCGGCGCCGCCGGCCUCGCCGCCAACAACGUGCACCUCAACCAAAACCUGGCGUCGCAGCGCGGCUUCGACCUGGUCGAGGACAACACCGCCGCCUCCACCACCACCGAGAAGCCCCCCAAAGAGCACCAAGUCCACCGCUACCCUGUGGCCAGUGUCGAGUUCGCCAGGGUCGAGACGCCCUUCAUCAUCGGCUUGUGGAUCUUCUGCGCCAGCCUCGCCAAAAUCGGUUUCCACAUGGCGCCCAAACUGUCAAAGAUGUUCCCAGAGUCGUGCCUAUUGAUCGUGGUCGGGGUGGUGAUCGGUGUGCUGCUCAUCAGUACUUCGAGUGUCCACGUGUCGCCCCUGACCCCAGACACCUUCUUCCUCUACAUGUUGCCGCCGAUCAUCUUGGACGCGGGCUACUUCAUGCCCAACAGACUGUUUUUUGAUCACCUGGGCACCAUCCUGCUGUUUGCUGUAGUGGGCACAAUUUUCAACGUCAUCACAAUCGGGAUGUCUUUGUGGGCAGUCGGCCAAAGCGGGCUGUUUGAGUUUGAAACUCCGGUGCUGGACAUGAUGCUGUUCGGCUCGCUGAUUUCGGCCGUCGAUCCGGUCGCCGUGCUGGCCGUGUUCGAGGAGAUCCACGUCAACGAGAUCCUCUACAUUGUCGUUUUCGGCGAGUCGCUCCUCAACGACGCAGUCACUGUGGUCUUGUACCACAUGUUUGAGGCGUAUAGUGAGAUGGGCCCCGCCAACAUUGUGCCCACGGAUGUUCUAUCAGGCAUAGCUUCGUUUUUCGUGGUCGCAUUUGGCGGAACUGUGAUAGGGAUUAUCUGGGGUUUCCUCACCGGAUUCGUCACCCGCUUCACCCACCAAGUCAGGGUCAUCGAGCCCAUAUUUAUUUUCGUCAUGGCCUACCUCGCCUACCUGAACGCAGAGAUCUUCCACAUGUCGGGCAUUUUAGCUAUAACAUUUUGCGGCAUCACGAUGAAGAACUACGUCGAGGCCAACAUUUCCCACAAGUCGCACACAACGGUCAAGUACGCGAUGAAGAUGCUGAGCUCUUCAUCCGAGACAGUUAUUUUCAUGUUCCUCGGAGUGGCCACGGUGAACAACACGCACUCGUGGAACACGUGGUUCGUCCUGCUCACAGUGCUCUUCUGCUCCGUCUACAGAUUCAUCGGGGUAAUGAUUUUGGCCUCAAUUGCCAAUAAGUUCCGGCUGCACCAGCUGAACGGGGUCGAGAAAUUUGUGAUGUCUUAUGGAGGUCUUCGAGGCGCGGUCGCGUUUGCCCUCGUCCUUCUGAUCGACCCGAAAAUCGUCAAACUGCAGCCUCUGUUCGUGACCACAACCAUUGCUGUGAUUUAUUUCACAGUUUUCUUCCAAGGCAUCACCAUCAAGCCUCUCGUCAGGAUAUUGAACGUGAAGAGGGCAGAGAAGAGGAAACCCACGAUGAAUGAGAGAAUUCACGAAAGGCUGAUGGAUCACAUCAUGGCUGGACUGGAAGACGUUUUGGGCAGGCAUGGCAACCACCACGUCAGAGACCGAUUUAAAAGAUUUGACACCAAGUAUAUUCGGCCUUGGCUCAUCAGGGACAAUAAGGGUGCUGAGCCUAAAAUUUUAGAGACUUACAGUAAACUGACCAUGAAGGAGGCAAUGGAGUAUAUGCGCAGGAACGCAAGCACACUUGCCGCCUUCCCUGGGACGGAGAGCAUGUCGACCCUGUUCCGCAACUGCACCCAGACCAACAUGGACGCGAGGUGGGGUAGUGGUGUCAGAAAACCACAAACCGACGACCCAUUAUUUGCCGCUUUGGCGCAAGACAGUUUCAGUUUCACACAGCUUGACUCGAGCGUGCAAAAUCUUGACAUGCAAGAGUUGGAGUACAACCCUAGCAAAAAGGAUUUGACCGACGCCAAAAUUCACCAUCUUCUUUCCGAAGAACUGUGCAAACCCAGAAGGCACCGGCGUCUAAGCUACAGUCGACAUGCUGUCAAUGACAGGGAUUUGUCCACGCAAGAAGUCAACUACAAAAUGCACAUGAAUAUGAGGCACAUCAUCAGUGGCAAACACCAUCACAAGAGAUCAAAGAAAUUGAACAAGGAGGGCAAACCUCACGUCAGCUUCCCAGGCAUCACCCAAAAUGGUUCUGUUAAGCAAUUCACGCAUGACUACAUCAAUGAAAUGUUGGAAGAAUCGGACUCCAACGAGCCAGACGAGGCAAGGCCAAGCACCUCGGGACUGAAUGACGGUCCUGAGGGUGGCAUUGUCUUCACAGCAAAAAGCACACCAACUAACACUGGGCCUGCCUCAAAUUCCAACUUGCUGACGGUGCAUCCAGCUCAAACGCAUCAGCAGCCUCGCCCUCCGUGGCACCUGCCCCUCAAACAAACCACCUCAUGUUCCUCCACCAACCCUGUGUCCCCUCAACCCAACCAUAACAAUGAUCAGCCAACCGUAGCUGAAGCCUCCUUACCCUGGCGAAGGUCCCAACAUGUCACUGAUGAAGCAGUGGUGCACAACGAGGACCCCCACCCCAAAGAUCCUGGGAAAAGAGCCAGCCGUACAGAUUCAGAAGAGGAGGCAGUCCACGUGACUCCAACCGCAACAGAAACAGUCCUUCCCUGGAAGAGAGAUGAUGAGGCUGAGCAAUGCACUUUCCCGCUGAGGCAACACGAAUUCCCAGGGUGGUGCAGCAAUAAAGAGUACCUAGCAUAUAAUUCUCCGUCAUCCACAUUCCUAGGUGGACUUGAUCAGCCCAAGGUGGCUUCGGUGAUCGGCCUGUUCCGCCGAGAGAGCACCGUCGACCAGGAGAUGGCGCGCGCCGACGCCGCGAUCCUGGUGAUCGAGGAGUGUCCUGCGAGUCCGGUGCCCUCGUCGGCCACCCCCAGCGGCACCCCGGGGAUGCCCAAGAGGCCCAGCUCAGCGCGCAGGGGCUCCCUUCUCGAGCUGGGCGCCUCCGUCGACCCCAUUCCCGAGGAAGAGGCUGGAACCCCCGAAAGCAGUGCAAACAAGUCGCCGCCGUGGGCGCAAAGACGAAGGAGAAAACAGGGCGCCUGCUCCAGCUCCUACGAAGACUUUAGAAGUAACGUCUAGAUGAAAAUUAUUAUAAUAUAUACUAACCUUACUUUGCCACACACGUUUUUAAUACGUUGUUGAUUGUAAAUACGAUGGAGAGAAAUGAGCGCGAAAUGUUUUUUAGCCAAAACUUCAGUUCCAAGAGCACCGAAAUUCUAAACUAUUUGAGUCCCUUUUUAAAGAAAAAUGAGCCUUUAGAACCUUUUGCAUAGCAUUAAAAAAAAAGGACAAAUUUGAUCUUGAACGCAAAAUUUUGAUUGCCGCCUUAAUAGAAACAAUACAUAUUUAAGAAAGAAAUUCACGGGCCUAUAGACUUAGAUUGUUACCAAGCCCUUCAUAGGACGCAAAUUAUUAUAAACAUAGCAGCUCAGCGCUAUCCAAAGAACUGCUUUUGUUGUUGAAACGUGUAAAAUUAAACCAUUCUGAAGAAAGAGAAAAGAAAAGGACGAUUCGGAAAUAAAUGCUCAAAACAUUGGUAAAAAAGUGCAACUAAAAUCGCUAGUGUGGCUGCUGAUCAGUCAAAGCAAGAACGUGUCUCUAUGAAAGUCGAUGCAUUUCAAUUUUUAGACGAAUAAAGUGUACAAAACGAUGGUGUAUAUUACAAGUGUCUGUAUAAGUGUCGAUGUGAGUUACUUCAAUUAUAUAUAUAAAUUAAAUAUAUAUAUAUAUAUAUAUCGUGAUACAAUUUACUUUUCGAAAAGCAAAGAAAAGUUAGUCUUGCUAUCUAAUAAUUAUAUACGCAAAAAAAAUCUAUACUUGUGAUUGUGCUGUGUACAUGGAACACACAUCUUUUAUGGAUUUGGUGCUACUUUAAGAGAAAUGAGUAUAUAAAGUUGCUCUCAAGAUACACGAAGAACUGAGAUUGAAAAUUUUCUGUCAGCACAAUUUAUAUUGAUUUCAUGCUCUGUUCCUUAUUCAAAUGACUCUCUCGGUUGCCAUAAUAACUUGUUUGAAACAUUCAUUAUUAUCUGUAGGUGAAGAUUUUUUUCAAGAAGUUUUUGCAUUUUCCUUUUAAUCUAUAAAAAUACUCUGACCUUUAAAAAUGAGUAACACACGUGUUUUGAGCCAAAAAUACAGUGAAAACUUUUCAAAUUGUACAGGGCUGUGUAAUUCGAAUAAAGUGUAAAGUUGUAAAUUUAACUUAAAAUAAUAAUUACCAAACACCCUCCAACAUUUUUUAAAACAGUCGACUUUACAUAAGAGUGUCAGAAUUAGUUCAGUGGAAGGAAAACAACUACGAAAUUCGAGCUUGUUUUUUGCAACACAGACGUGAGAGAAAAUCAAUAAAUUCCUCUGUCUUGCUAAUAUAAAAAUUUAUAGAUUUAUGUGAACUCUUGGCAUGGAAGAAAAAUUGCAGUGCAAAUGAAAAAAAUUAAAGUUUUAACAUGUAAAAGAGAAGAACGUAGCUGUUUAAGACACACUUAUGAAGUUUUGGGGCGUUUUGCCGUUUUCUUGGAGGGUUGUUGGCGGCGGAAGAAGCCACAGAGAGGAUAAAAUACACACAACAAAUGGAAGCGAUGUUUGUCUCUUGUCAAAUUGUGCUCCCAUAAAGAGGAAAAUAAAUAAUUUAUUUUAAUUCCAAAG